AUGACUGAGAUAUCUUUGUUCGAUGGAGAGCCGAGAACGCCUGCAAGACACGUCGAGAACGGUGUUUCGCGAGCAGAUGCGGAGACCAACUCGACGGUGGAGACUCGUCGAGAGAGUCGACUGAGCGGCGUUCACGUCGAUACUCGAGUAGGAGAAUCUCUUCGGUCUGCAUCCAGAAGAGUCUCACCAUCCGGAACAGCAGAGGAUUCACCAGCUUCAUCGACAUCGAACCACAGUCGACAGGACUCCACUGCAUCGUAUACACCUCUUCGCAGUGCAAGAGGAUCAUUGUCUCUGGGCGGGACUGCCCAUCACUCAGUGCUGUCAAUGAGAUGCUCAUCCGUCAUCAGCAGAGAGGCAUUGGCAUUACCGCUCGCAGACACAGAUACACUUGUACUGGUUCCGGAUGCUGUAGCGAACAGAUCACCUUUGUGUACACGGACCGAUGCAGAGUGCACAGAGCCCCAGACACGACAACAAGUACCCGCCACUCGUCGACGAAGGAAGGGCCGUCGAUAUGUCGAAGUACGCAACACAUCUAUCAUGACCAGUAUACUCUGUGUGCUACUGGUGGUAGCAUUAAGCAUAUGUGAGUAG